CGACCGAUCCGACGUCAGUCUGUUAGCUGAGGUGCUAAUGAACAUGGCGACGUCUGUUAGUAAUACCGGCGAAAGGAGAAGCCAGCAAAAUACUCGUCCUGCAUGCAAUACGACAAGUUUCCAGAAGAAAUCACGCAGCAAAUUAGUGUCAAUCCCAGGAACCAGACCCUCAGUCCAGAACGGACAGCUUAUUGUUUCUACCGGUGUUACGUCUCUUGACUAUGUGAUAGGAGGUGGUUUAGCGGUUGGAACUCUGCUGCUUGUAGAGGAAGACAAGUAUGACAGCUACUCCCGCAUGCUGCUGAAGUAUUUUCUGGCAGAAGGUGUGGUAUGUGGACACCAUGUCUUCUUGGGCUCCGCUCGGGAUCCUCCAGAAGAAAUUAUGCAGGAUCUUCCAGCUCCGAUUCUUGAUGACAUCGCCAGUGAUGCAGUGAACAUGGGCCAAGUGACGGCAUGUGACUCUGAGGAUCAGGGCUCCAUGAAAAUAGCCUGGCGCUACCAGAACCUUCCCAAGGUGCAGACGGCCUUGGCUUCCUCGUCAAGGUUUGGCCACUAUUACGACGCAUCAAAGACGAUGGCACGGGAGCUGAGGGAGGCGGUUAAAUGCAGCACUUUCUUCCUUCCCCAUGAGCUCCCUGCACAGACGCAUGCAGAGCCCAGCCCCAUAAGUGAGGCAUACAGAUUGCUGCUGCACUCCAUCCAAGAGCUGAUUCAGCGGGAGGGUUUUGAUGGCACCGCCCCACAGCAGAAGUCUAGGAACAUUCUGAGGAUUGGCCUGCAUUCCCUGGGCUCUCCUCUUUGGGCUGAUGAUAUCUGCUGUGAGGAGAAGCCUACCCAGGCCUCGAGCCUCACCAGCUUCCUGUACGGCCUCCGCGCCCUGCUGCGCUCGUCACUCUGCACCUGCAUGGUCACCGUGCCUUCUCACCUCAUCCAGAACAGAGCAAUUAUGGACCGUGUAACCAGGCUGUGUGAUACAGCCAUUGCUCUUGAAUCAUUCAGAGGUUCUGAGAGAGAGACCAACCCUCUCUACAAGGAUUAUCACGGUCUCCUGCACGUGAAGCAGACACCUCAUCUUAACUGCCUGGUGUGUGAAGCCCCUGACACAAAGGAUCUGGCUUUUAAGCUGAAGAGGAAGCAGUUCUCCAUAGAGAGACUACAUUUGCCUCCAGACUUGUCAGACACGGUGAGCCGUUUGAGCAAAGCCGACGUGGCAGAAUCCGCCAGGCUGCUGAGCUCGGCCUGUGGCGGCCUGGCCACAAGCAACAAGCACCUGGACUUCUAAUCAGGGCCGUGCCAUGCUCAGCAGGAGUAAGUACGCCAGGACAUCCUCACCAAAAGCAAGCAGGAGCCAGCCACUGCCCUGCCAUCCCUGCAUCACGAGUAUCUCCCCGUGAACCUGCCACAUUCUUUGUCAUCUUAACGAUAGCUGAAAAGAAGAAGGCUAUUCCAGAGAACAGCUUUUUGAAUCUCUUUCAUUAUGUCAUGUGACUUGGGAGGGGAAUGGCUGUAAUUGCUGCUUUCCUCAUGUUAGCACAAUUAUGUCCGAUGUAAGCAUGCAGUCAUGCAGAUUGUUUAAAUACCUGUUGAUUUAAACAUGAUGUACUCCUGUAUGUUAUUUUUUGGCUUAAAGAUUAAAUGUUACCAUUAUAAAAAUAA